CAGGUUCCUUUUCUCCCUUCUUCAACUUCCCAGAAUUGAUGACCACGCCAGUGUUUCAGGCCCCUGAGACGCUGUCCCCACAAGCUGAAGAGGCCAGCACAGCACUCAUUGCAGUUGUCAUCACCGUGGUGUUCCUCACUCUGCUCUCAGUGGUGACCCUCAUCUUCUUUUACCUGUACAAGAACAAAGGCAGCUAUGUCACCUACGAGCCUGCAGAAGGCGAGCCUGGCGCCAUCGUCCAGAUGGAGAGCGACUCAGCCAAGGGCAGGGAGAAAGAAGAGUACUUCAUCUGACCUCCAGAUUCCACCGACU